CUAGGCCUAGGCCAACUAGAUUUUCGAUUACACGUAACUCCCGAUCCCAGCGCUAGCCUGAAAACCGACCUCCGAUUUGUAUUGUAAAUGCAGUGGUGUUCUCGUAGUAAUUUCGUAGAGCGUGUAGUUUCAGAUGAUUUAAUUCCCUCUGUCGAUCCAAGAUCAUCUGUAUUCAUCCUGUCCAACUUCAACAUGCCUCGCCCUAAUCGGCAAGUGCUCCGACUGGGCUCCCAGAGCAAGAUUGAGCUCAAGGAGAAGAUUCUUCACAUUUAUGACAUAUUCUUUCAGGGACAAGAUCCUACAAGAGACAACGCCAACUUUUGGGAAGAAUUCUUUCUCCUGAAGGCAAAUGUGAGUUACAUUGAGAAGGAGCUGGACAAAUUGACCCCAGCAGGACUGCUAAACCUGAAAGAAAACAUCAAUGCCUUGUUCUACCAUUGUGUGAUGACUCUUGAAGAAAGCUAUCCUAUCCGCGUUGUGAAUGCCCUUCAGACAUUAUGUGCCUUGAUUCGAGGUGUUUAUCAGAAGGCCAUGGUGGAUCAUGCCUUUGAUGUGAUCAACAUUCUCAUUGGCUUUGAUUCUGCUGAACAAGUCAUGCAGAUGCUGAUAGAGAGAUUGAACAACAUCUUGACAGGAGACCAGUCUGUCAGUCUGAAGAACCUUGCCUUGAAAGUGCUUCUUGUCAUCUCAACAGUUGCUAACAAUGUCAGUCAAAACACAUUACUAGAAUACCUGAUGAUGAACAGUGUCUUUGAGUCUAUUGUACAGAUUUUUGCCAACCCGGUUGCAAGAUGUGAGCAUGGUUAUGAAGCGCUCCUCUUGCUAACACUCCUUGUCAACUAUAGGAAAUAUGAGUCAGCAAAUGCAUACAUAGUGAAGCUUUCUAUUCUGGACGAUGAGCUAGCUUUGAAUGGGUUGGGUCAUGUCAUAUCAACCAUACUAGGAGACUUCAAUGGGAAGUACAAAGUUAAGCAAGAUGAAGAGAAGGGAAGUGGUUGGCUCUCUUCAAUAACAUCAAUGGUUGGAAACAUGUUUGUUUCUGAAGAAUCAGACACACAUCGAGCUUAUGUGAGAGAUCCCAAUAAUGCAACUUUGCUGGCUCUCUACGAAGCAGUACAUCUCAACAGAAACUUCAUAACAGUACUAUCACAUAAUCAUUCGGACCCUACUACCGGUAGUGCCCCCACCACACCCACCUCUCCUCAAGCACCAGCAGUGCCUAGUGUUGUCAGUAAUUUGCAGAGCCCGCCGACAGGUGUAGGAGGUACAACUACCGGAGGGUCCACCAACAUCCUUGUGACCUUCCUUAGUUACUGCUCUAUCAUCAUGCAAGAUCUUAAAGAUGAUGAGAGGUUCAGCAACACCAAGCUAUGCUUGAUCAUUCUUUCAUGUAUUGCCGAGGACCAGUAUGCCAACUCAUUUCUCCAUGAUGGUAAUCUCACAUUCAGAGUUCCCCUUCACCAAGCACCCAUGAGACACAGAAAACAGUCACAAGAUCUUCCAGCCCGACCUCUUGCCUGCGCACUCCUGGAUUUGACCGUUGAGUUUAUCUUGAGUCACAUGAUGAAAAACCUGCCCCAAGAGUUGUAUCUGAAAUGUUUAGGUGUGAUUCACAGGGUGCUAUGCUAUCAGAAGAAAUGUCGAGUGAGGCUGCAGUAUUCAUGGAUCAGCAUCUGGACAGCACUGAUCAGUCUCCUAAAGUACAUUUUGGCCAGCGAAUCUGUAUUACUUCCAUCAAACAACAUCUUUGAAUUAGCAUGCAAGGUCGUGAACCUGUUCAACCUGUUCAUCACCUAUGGUGAUACCUUCCUGCCUUCAGCAAACUGCUAUGAUCAACUCUACUAUGAACUCAUUCGCAUGCAUCAAGUCUUCGACAACAUCUACAAUAUGGCAAGAAGACACAUCACAAACAAUGGAGAAUACAAAGACUCAGCCAAUAAGCUUGCUAAUAACAUUGUCAACAUCAGAGCCAUCAUCAAUCAUUUCACACCCAAGAUCGACUCAUGGGCAGCCAGUCAGACUACAGCUCUCACAGAAGAACAAGUUCUUAGCAUUGUAAAAAACAACUACGACACUCUGACCCUGAAGCUGCAGGACAGCUUAGACCAGUUUGAACGCUACGCAGAGAAACCCAAAGAAUCAGCCUUCUUUACGCAAUUGGUGAGAUCUGUGGUGGUCAACUUCCGGAUCAACUCUGGUGUGGGGAACCUGGAGCAGCAGAGUGUCCUUCAAGAAUUCUCCACUAUACAAUGAACUUGAUGCAUCGUGCAUGAGACUCUUGAUCAGAAAGAGAAAGAGUGG